AAAUAACCGGAUAACUUUCACUAGAAAAAAUAUUUGCAUAAUUAGGAAUAGUGUCUUUAUUAGUAUAACAGUAUAUUCGUAAGAUAUGAUAGAAAAUUCGAAUAGGAUACUGCUUUAAGAAUAAGAUCGUUCUUUCGCUCUUCGCUCAUCUUCCCUAUAGUAAAAUCGAAGCGUGAGAAAAAAACGUGUUAAAAGAGGGAUACCGUUAUAUAUAUACGUACGAAUAAAUUGAAUUCAUUCUCUUAAAGUUUAUACGAUACAUUUAUAAAUAUAUUUAUAUAACUUGUGCAUUAUUUUUGCAAUUUUGCAAUAUAAUGUUAUUAAUUUUGCCACUUUAAAAUAAUAUUUAAAUACAAAUAAUAUAUAGAGUAAAAUCUAUUCAUAAAAGGCAAGUUAAAAAAACAACCGAAUAUUAAUUCACUUGUUUAAGAAAAAGGAUUCGAAAUUAAAAAUGAAUUAUAUAGGAAUACCUAGUUUUACCUAAAUAUAAAGGGUAUAUAGCAUGUAGUAUUAGCAGGGUGCGCUAGUCGUAUUGUUUUCGUUUAUCAGCUGAUCGGUACGCCAGCUUGCAUGAUAAUCGUUUUAUAUUUUGAUUAAUUGUUGCAAAAUAAAUUUCAUUAAUAUAUUAUUAAUUUCAAAAUAACAGCAUAACAAUUUUUUAUUUACGUAUACAAAUAUAAUUUUUAGCGUUUAUUCGUCACACAAAACGAUAAUUAACCAUAUUAGAAAUUUUAUUUUGAUAUCAUGGGAGUACUUGGUUUAUGGCGAUUAAUUGAAGCUACCGGAAAACCAGUUCCUUUAGAAACGUUGGAAGGAAAAGUUUUAGCUAUAGAUGUGUCUAUAUGGAUUCAUCAGGUGUUACAAGGAUAUCAAGAUCGUCAUGGCAAUCCUAAGCCCAAUGCCCACUUAAUCGGAUUAUUUAAUAGAAUUUGUAAACUGUUAUACUAUAAAAUCAAACCAGUCUUUGUGUUUGAUGGAGGUGUUCCUAUGCUUAAGAAAUCCACAGUUGCUGCACGCAGGAAGCAGAAAUCUAUCGCUGCAAGUAAGGCACGAAAGAUGAAGGCAGAUUUGAUAAAUAACUUGAUAAAGCAUACAGUUGUGAAAAGUGUAUUGAAUAAGAAAAAUGUGGAUGAAAAGAUUGAAUCUUCCGAAAUAUCUACUAAUAUUUAUAGUAAACCAUCUGUAAACGAUGUCUUCAAAUUACCAGAAUUAACUAAUAUAGAUGAAAAGGACUAUAUAAGUAGCGAUGAUUCAGAUUCGUCUAUGCAAUUAAGUCCAAGAAAGCAAACCAAGUGGAUGGGCAAUAUUCAUAGUGUAGAUCUGUCUACUGCAGAAUUUAAAUCACUGCCUGCCGAUGUGCGUUAUGAUAUUCUUACAGAUCUUAAGGAAACUAGAAAACAGAGUUCAUGGGGACGUUUACAUGAAAUGCCUGAAGAAUCAAAUAAAUUUUCUACUUUUCAAAUGAAACGUUUAUUAAAACGUAGAUUUGUACAAGAAUCACUAGAAUCUGCUGAGAAAGAGAUGGGAGGUAAAACCUUAACUUUGGAUGAAUUAGAGAAAUUAUUAACUGAACAGGGUGUGCAGACUAAUAGAGACAAUGCAUACCGCAUUGCAUCAGACAGUACAUCUAGAGUCAUUUAUAUUAGUGAUAAAGAUACGUUAAUUCGAAAUACCACUGAGGAUACAACAAAUAAGAAAGAUGUCUUAAACAGAAUAGAUGAGGAAUUUGAACCUGUUGCAGGCCCCAGUGGCAUUGCAAUAACUCGUAAAAACCUAAAUGAAUUUCAAUUAAGCGAUGGAGAUAGUGAUAGUAAUUUAACAAGCUAUAGCAACUCUGUACCUAUUAUUGAAAAUAUAAAUGAGUAUGAAUUUGGUAGUGAUUGGGAAUCAGAAAAUGAAAAAAAUGAAUCUUCACCGCUUCCUAAAAAAUAUCAGAACAAAAAUAUCAUUAAUCCUGCUUUAACAUACAUGUUAGAGCAUAGUAGUUUAACGCAAGAACAAAUUAUGCAACUUAUAGAGCAAACUAAACAAAAUAGUAACAAAAAAACUAAUACUCAUUCAAGUACAAGUACAAAAUCAUUAUCUAUGCUAGAACCAAUUAUAAACAAUACAAAAAAUGAAAAGGAGGAACAGCAAAAAAUUAUUGAAGAAAAUUUAAUUGGUUGUAAUCAAAUUGUGGAGAAAAAUAUACCUAUAUAUUCAUUAGAACAUUCUAAUUUGGAUAUUUCUACAGAAAAUAAUAGUAGUAAUUUUCAGUUUGUAGAAGACAAUGAUAAAUUAAUUUCAGAUGAAGAGAAAAUUGAGUGUCACUCACAACCUAUUGUUGUCCCUAUAACAUUAGAUAAACAUACGACUGACUCAGAUUCUGAUGAAUUUAUUGAAAUACCAGAUGUUCCAAUACCUAAUUCAAAUAUUUCAAAAGAAAUUACUAAAAAACAUGUUAUUGAAAUAUCAUUUAAAUCCAACGAAAAAAUUGAAAAUGAUAUAUUUGCAGAUGUAUUUAAAGAAUCAAGUCAAGAUAUAUUUUCACAAUCUACCGAAUCUGUUAUCUCUUCAUUGAUAGAGCGGACUAUUUCAACAAGUGUUUCUCAAGAUUUAAAUAAACAAAAUGAUAACAAAGACCGUGAAGUUUCAGAAAUUUCAACAUUGAAAAGUUUCAACUUUUACAAAACUUCAUUAGAUAAAAAGACAGAUUUGCAUGAAGAAGGACAUAGUCAUGUAUUUCAAUCAAGUAACGUGGACGAAGAUCAAAUUAAGAAGAUUCAAAAAAGCAAGAUUUUUAUAAAUGCAGAAGUUGCUUGUGAUACAGCUAAAUUAUCUAAGGAUACAAUGAAUGAAAAAAAAGUUUUACCUACAAAUGAGACUGAACUUUUAGAAUUAAAGGCAAAUCUAGAAGAUGAACAGAAACAACUCACGGAAAAUAUCAGUAAAUUGGAGAGGCAAGCUACAGACAUAUCUGAUCAAAUAAGAAUUGAGGCUCAGGAGCUUUUACGUUUAUUUGGUAUACCAUAUGUUAUUGCACCAAUGGAAGCAGAAGCUCAGUGUGCUUAUUUAGAACAGAUUAAACUUACUGAUGGAACGAUUACAGAUGACUCCGAUAUUUGGCUUUUUGGAGGACAAUGUGUUUACAAAAAUUUCUUUAAUAACAACAAGAAAGUAUUGCAAUUUCGAUUUUGUGAUAUACAACACCAUUUUAAAUUGACUCGUCACCAAUUAAUACAAUUAGCUCUUUUGGUUGGAAGUGAUUAUACUACAGGUAUACCUGGUAUUGGACCUGUAACGGCACUUGAAAUAUUAGCUGCAUUUCCAACGCAAGGAGAUAACUUAUUACAUGGUUUAAUUAAUUUCUAUUUAUGGAUACAAAAAGAUAAAGCUAUAGAUUCUAGUAAAAAAAGUUUACGUAACAAGUUACGAAAUAUAAAAAUCGAGAAAGGUUUUCCAAGUCAAGCUGUUGUACAAGCAUAUAUGUUUCCUUCAAUAGAUGAAUCAAAAGAAAAAUUUACAUGGGGUCGACCUAAUAUGAUUUUAUUGUCAGAUUAUACGACCUUAAAGUUUGGAUGGAGUAAAAAUAAAUUUAAUGAAAUAAUAAAGCCGGUAAUUAAAAGAAUGGAAGAAUCUAAACAGCAACAAACAAUAGAUUCAUAUUUUAAGUUAAAAGCAAUACCAAAAUCUAUUGAAAUGAAUUUAAGUAAAAGAAUUAAAAAAGCUGUUAAUAGCUUAAAUAGUGAGAAUGUAGAGUUGGAUAUUAGUGAAACUAAUAUGAAUGAUAAGAUGGAAAAAAGUGGUAACAAGAGAGUACGUAAAAAACAAAAUAAAAAAGAGAUUGACGACGAUGUAAAUCCUAUUAAAUCUAACAGUAUAAAUGAAAAGUUAACACCUAAUGUAUUUAACGAUGAUAACAAAAAAAGUAUCAAAGAAUAUAUACCACAGAGAGAAAAGGACAAAGCAAAUUCUUUGAAAAAAAAGAUGCACGCAAUAGAAGUAUUUAGAAAAUCAAAAUCUGGAUUAGAUAAAACAAAAAAGAUUAAACGUAAUGUUCGGAAAAUAGUACAAGAAGCGAAACUUUCUGAAAGUAGCGAUAGCAAUUAGAAAAGUAAAUGAUAGAAUUUAUAAAUGCAGCACUGUGUAAUAUAUAUUCGUAUUGUAGAAUCUAUAUUUAAUAACCAUACAAAUUUUUACUUUUAUUUUACGAAAUGUAAAAUCGACAAUGAAGUCAUUAUUGAGUUGAGGAUCUUUCAUAGUUAUUUGUUUUGUUUCACAUACAAACAGUAUCAAAUAAUAUAUUUUCGCAUGAAUUAUUCUUUUAUAUGUCGCGAGUAAUUAUUCUUUCAUAUGUCGAUGAAUGAAGUAAAACUGUAUUUAUUAUUAUUGAAUUGUUUCUAAAAAUAUAAUAUAUUUUUUUAUAAAACCAUUU